AUGUCUCGGCUGUACUCCACCACGCCGUUGUCCCGCCUCCGCCUCCGCCGCCGCUUGUCCUCCUCCUCCAACUCCACCUCGCUGGCCUCACCCUCCUGGUCUCCCCAGGCCGCCUUUGCCUCGGCCACCGAGCGCGUCCGGGCUGGCACGCUCAGCCCAGAAGACGCACACAACCUGUUCGAUGAAUUGCUACGGCAGGCCACUCCGGUUCCCGGGCGCUCUCUGAACAUCUUCCUCUCCGCCCUCGCCCAUGCGCCAGAAUCCAAAGCCUGCAGAGAUGGCCCCGCCCUCGUCCUUGCCCUCUUCAACCGUGUCUGCCGAGAAGAAGCCGGCCUGCGGGUGGCGCCGCCCACAAUCUUCACGUACGGCAUCCUCAUGAACUGCUGCUGCCGAACCCGCCGUCCGGAACUAGGUCUUGCCUUCUUCGGCCGCCUCCUAAGGACAGGCCUGAAGACAGAUGUCAUCGUUGCCAACACCCUCCUCAAGUGCCUCUGCUCUGCAAAACGGACCGAUGAGGCUGUGAACCUGCUCCUUCAUAGGAUGUCCGACCUCGGCUGUGUGCCUGAUGCCUUCUCAUAUUCCAUAGUUAUGAAGGGCUUAUGUGAAGAUAGCAGAAGCGGGGAAGCACUCGAACUGAUCCAGAUGAUGGCGAAAGAAGGAGGUGACUGCUCCCCCGGCGUGGUGGCAUACAACACGGUCAUCCACGGUUUCUUUAAGGAAGGAGAAAUAGGCAAGGCAUGCAAUCUAUUCCAUGAAAUGAUGCAGCAAGGGGUUGUGCCUGAUGUGGUCACGUAUAACUCGAUUAUUGAUGCGUUGUGCAAGGCCAGAGCAAUGGACAAGGCAGAGUUGUUCCUUCGGCAGAUGGUUGACAACGGUGUUCAACCAAAUGUAGUGACAUAUACUAGCAUGAUCCAUGGAUAUUCCACUCUGGGCAAGUGGAAGGAGGCAACUAAAAUGAUAAGAGAAAUGACAAGUCGGGGUCUUGUACCAAGUAUUGUUACUUGGAACUCAUUCAUGGCCUCCCUUUGCAAGCAUGGGAAUAGCAAAGAAGCCGCAGAAAUUUUCUAUUCCAUGGCUGCCAAGGGCCGCCAGAAGCCAGAUAUAUUCUCAUACUCUAUUCUGCUUCACGGUCUAUGCAGCGAAGGAAGGGUUAUGGAUGCACACAAUAUCUUGAACUUGGUUAUAGACAUAGGUGAGAGGCCUAAUGUUAUUACAUUUAGUUCACUGAUUGACGGAUAUUGCUUAGUUGGCAAGAUGGAGGAAGCAUGCAGAGUACUUGAUGCCAUGGUAUCAGUUGGCAUUGAGCCUGAUGUUGUUACAUAUAGUACACUUAUUAAUGGGUACAUGAAAAGUGGGAGUAUCGAUGAUGGGUUAAUUAUGUUCAGCAAAAUGUUGCAUAAGAGAGUUAAACCAAAUACUGUUACAUAUGACAUCAUACUGGAUGGGUUAUUUCGUGCUGGGCAAACUGUUGCUGCAAAGAAAAGGUUCCAUGAGAUGAUCGAAAGUGGAAUAACCGUGAGAAUUUCUACAUACAGUAUAAUCCUUGCAGGACUUUGUAGAAAUAAUUGUGCUGACGAAGCAAUCACCAUGUUCGACAAAUUACGUGCAAUGAAUGUGAAGUUCAAUAUUGCGAUACUCAAUACCAUGCUUAAUGCAAUGUACAAGGUUCAGAGAAAAGAAGAAGCUAAAGAUCUCUUUGCUGCAAUUCCAGCCAGUGGGUUGGUACCUAAUGCUUCUACUUAUGCCACAAUGAUACAUAAUCUUAUAAAAGAAGGAUCAGUGGAAGAAGUUGACAAUAUGUUCUCGUCAAUGGAGAAGAGUGGUUGUUUUCCCAGCUCUCGGCUUUUAAACACUAUAAUCAUAUCGUUAUUGGAGAAGGGGGAGAUACUGAAGGCUGGAAAUUAUAUGUCUAAAGUUGAUGGGAAGAGCAUCUCACUUGAAGCUUCAACUACUUCAUUGUUGAUUUCUCUCUUUUCAAAUAAAGGGAAAUAUCAAGAACAAAUAAAAUUGCUCCCUGCUAUGUACCAAUUUUUUGAUGGAGUCAGUUGAUGCACUGGAGCAGCAGAUAAAAGUUUGGCAUGGUUUCGAUAUCCUUCUCAACAAUGUUAGCAUGUGUUCUCUUCCGUCGGCUCACCA